CGAGGUGAAUUCUGACUGCUUGUUUCUAGUGUUGGCGAGGGCCGAAGGAGCAGGCGGUGACUCACGAAUUUGCAAUUAGUUGAAUCAGUGACCUGUUCUCAGUUUUCUUCAGGCCCUCAGAUAUGGUGGUGUGUAAAUAUUUCACCCAAGGUUAUUGUCGUUAUGGAGAUAAAUGCCGAUUUGAUCAUCCAUUUAAAGGACCAGCCCAAGGGGCAUUCAGAGGCCAGCAGACCAGUUCCCAGCCAGCAGGUGUGGCUGUCACACCCACUACCUUUGUUGAGCUUCUGUCUCCUGGACCUCUCGCCCGAGGAGGUGCGCGCCGAGGCGUACAAAAGCAAAGUGGCCAACACACCGGACGUUUACCUGCAGUACUUCAACACUCAGAUAGCUGACUAUCGACAGAAGCGAGAGACGCUGAAGAAUCCGUCUCCCGAAAUCCGCAGUUACCUGCAGCAGAUGUUCAACGCAUCCGCGGCGGGCCCGGGCGGCGGCGGCGGCACUGCUGGCACCAUGUUCGCCGCGUCCUCCUCCAAGCCGUCUGUAUUCGGCGGCGGCUCCGGCCAGGCGUCCUUGUUCGGCGGCGGCUCCGCGUCGGGCGCAGUGUUCGGCGGCGGCGCCUCCACCGGCUCUGACCUGUUCGGGAAGUUUGGCGGCGCCCCGGCCGGCCAGUCCGUCUUCGGCGGCGGCGGGCAGCAGGCUUCGGCCGGCUUGUUCGGCGGACAGGCUCAGCCCACCUCCCCGUUCGGAGGUCAGCCGCAGGCCACGUCGUCGGUGUUUGGCGCCCAGCCGCAGGCCGCCUCCUCUGUGUUCGGUGGACAGCCGCAGGCGUCGUCUUCUGUGUUCGGUGCACAGUCUCAGGGUGCGCCUUCGGUGUUCGGCGCCCAACCUCAGGCUACAUCCUCCGUGUUCGGCGCUCAACCGCAGGCUGCACCAUCUGUGUUCGGCGCACAACCGGCCGCGUCGCCUUCUGUGUUCGGUGGGCAGCCUCAGGCCACCUCCUCCGUGUUCGGUGGACAGCCCCAGGCCACCUCCUCCGUGUUCGGUGGACAGGCUCAGCCCGCCUCGUCCGUGUUCGGUGGACAGCCUCAGGCCACCUCGUCCGUGUUCGGUGGACAGCCUCCGGCCACCUCGUCCGUGUUCGGUGGACAGCCUCAGGCCACCUCUUCGGUGUUCGGUGGACAGCCUCCGGCCACCUCCGUGUUCGGUGGACAGCCACAGCCCGCCUCGUCCGUUUUCGGUGGACAAGCCGCGCCUUCCACGCUCGGGGCCGCCGCUCAGUCCGCCACGGGCGGCGGGCCGUCCGUGUUUGGCUCGGCCCCCGCCGCGCCGGUGUUCGGCUCGGGCGCGUCCCAGCCCCAAACCCCUGCGAUGCCGGGCGUCCCGGCCGGCGGCGGCGGCGGCGGCCAGGCCGAGGUCGAGCCGCAGGCCUACUCGGAGCCGGCCGAGUUGAGCGAGGCGGAACGGCUCGAGUUCGAGGCGGCCGAGUUCACGCUUGGCCGGGUGCCGAUCAGGCCGCCGACUCGCGACGUGUGCGCCCGCUGA